GGAAGCGCAACAUUCAUCAAUUUUGAGACUGCAAUUAUGUUUCGCUCAAGAUGACAUGAUGAUUGGCAGGACUGGAAAGGAGUAUUUCGAACAGUGCUGGAAGCAGGAGGCUUUAUACGACGGAAUCCGUGUCGAGAGCAGAGAAUUUCCAGGCACCAACCAUGAGACUGUGCUUGUCGAUAUCCAGAAAGGUGCUAUGAAGAUGGUGUUCGAUCAGAUCGCAGCGCGGCGGGAUGGAUAAAAGCUUCAUAUCAUCGAGGCAAGUGCGGAUGGCUGAGCUCCUCCGAGUGCGUCGAGAGCUUUCGGACGAGAUCUCUUACAUGCAAAUACGGAGACCUUACUCUCGGGGCGAAUCGAUUCAGACGAAGUGUUGUGAACAACCGAGCUUUAUUGGUUCCCGGUGCAGAGGCUAUUGAGUGUAUUUGGCUGCGAAAAACUUCGUCGACAUUUCUCGGCGGCUGAUUCCCAGGCCUUAGUCAGCCAAUGAUGGCUCAUGGAUCUGCGAGUUGCAUAUCUUCGGCGGAAGCGAUAUGAGGUGGAAUGCCCAGAUCUCUAUGAGGAGUGGGACGUCUUGUUCGAGCGCUGGGCUCUCAGUGGAUCGUUUCGCAGUUCGUGGUGGUGGAUAAACGCAUGGACGUGAAGUACACCCCUCCCAAAUUCCAAUGUAUCGCAGUGAAACAUGCAUGCAAGAAGCAGCUUCACUCGGAGCAACUCGUGAUUUCCAUGGACUUGUUCAGAUCAUCCAGGCCCAUCCGAUCAUCUUUCUCUAUCCAGUCAAAGUCUGCCAUAUCGUGGAGUCUAGUACGCCAGUGCUGAG